AUGUGGAGAAAGGUUCAAGCUGGUGGAUGGCUCGUUAGUGACAACUUCCAUGUCGUUGUUCCAACACAAAGUGGACACCCAAACUUUGCUGUCAAUAAAGAACUUUGGGUCCUUGAAAUUGGCCAUCUCUUUGAAGAAGCCAGCAGGAUUGUCUUUGCCAAUAAACUUAGAAACAGGAGCAACAUCGACCAGUCUGAAAUCCAGCGAGAAGAAAUUGCGCAAGUCAUAAGAAAUCAUAGAUUUGGUUCUCGUAGCAUCAAGAAUCGACGCAAGCCACAUGAUACACUCCUCCGUAAUCUCGGGAUGGAUACCAUUGACAGAGUUUCCCACAUAAUUGACCGUUUGUGGUCCUUUGCCAAUUUCAAAGACUUGACCUGUUCUUCGAGAUAUAGGCCUGGAGGCUUGAUGGUAUCGACCAACUUGUUCUCAAUCAUACAAACUGCACUUGGGACCUUGAUAUGGUUCUUGAUGGAUGAGUACAAUUUCAUUGCCAGAGCGUUGACUUCAGAUUCAUUCACCUCGAUCGAACGAGCAAGCAGCUCUUCCAAUGCAACUUCCCACUCCUUGAAAAUACCAUACACAAGAUUUGUACAGUUGAGUAUCUUUCUCAAUGCAGAUCCAAGAACCAUUGUUGAAGUCUGGGCUGUCUCGUUGUAUCUGCUUGCUGCCAAAGUGACGAGAUCCUUGAUCAACAACUUAUCGGUUUCUCCUGGCAGUCUGGACGACCGCGAAACGGAAAGCCUGUUGCAAUGGUAG